AUGUCGUCGUCAGGCCCUACCGGCUUCCUGGGCCGGUCCAGCAGCAGCAAUGCGAACAUGCGCGGACUGGUCCAGUUUAUUGCCGAUUUGAGGAAUGCCCGUGCCCGCGAACUGGAGGAGAAGCGCAUCAACAAGGAGCUGGCCAAUAUUCGCGGAUACCACAAGAAGAAAUACCUUCUCUAUAUCUACAUCCUCGGUUGGAACGUCGAUUUCGGACACCUGGAAGCCGUCAACCUGAUCUCAGCGACCAAAUACUCGGAGAAACAGAUUGGCUACCUCGCCAUGACCCUAUUUCUACACGAGAAACACGAACUUUUACAUUUGGUGGUCAACAGCAUCCGAAAGGACCUGCUCGACCACAAUGAGCUGUUCAACUGCCUUGCGCUGCAUGCUAUUGCAAACGUCGGUGGGCGAGAGAUGGGAGAAGCGCUGAGCCCCGAGGUCCACAGGCUAUUAAUUUCACCAACUUCAAAGGCGUUCGUGAAGAAGAAGGCUGCACUCACCAUGCUUCGCCUUUACAGGAAACACCCAGGCAUCGUUCAGCCGCAGUGGGCCGAAAGGAUAAUAUCGCUGAUGGACGAUGUCGAUCUCGGCGUCGGUGUAUCUGUGACCUCCUUGGUCAUGGCCUUGGCUCAGGAUAACCCAGACCAGUACAAGGGCGCAUAUGCCAAGGCUGCUGGCCGAUUGAAGCGCAUCAUCAUCGAUGGCGAAUAUGCGCCAGAUUAUUUAUACUACAAAGUACCUUGCCCCUGGAUCCAGGUCAAGCUUCUCAGGCUGCUGCAAUACUUCCCCCCUUCAGAGGAUAGCCAUGUCCGCGGGAUGAUCCGAGAGUCUCUGCAAAAGACCCUGGACCUCGCUUUGGAGACAAAUAAGAACGUGCAGCAAAACAAUGCUCAAAACGCCGUGUUGUUUGAGGCUAUUAACCUCAUCAUCCACCUCGAUACUGAGCAUGCGCUGAUGAAACAGAUCUCGUCACGCCUCGGCCGGUUCAUCCAGUCGAGGGAGACCAACGUUCGGUACCUGGGUCUCGAAGCCAUGACUCAUUUGGCUGCGCGGGCGGACACGCUCGACCCGAUCAAGCAACACCAAGAGGUCAUUAUCGGGGCGCUUAAGGACAGAGAUAUCAGUGUCCGGCGGAAGGGCCUCGACCUGCUGUACAGCAUGUGCGACUCAACAAACGCCCGGGUGGUUGUCGGGGAGCUUCUUCAUUACCUGCAAAGCGCAGACUUUGCGAUUCGGGAGGAGAUGGUGCUCAAGAUCGCCAUCCUGACGGAGAAGUACGCCACUGACGUGCAGUGGUAUGUCGACAUAUCCCUCCGGCUUAUUGCCAUGGCGGGCGACCACGUCAGCGACGAGGUGUGGCAAAGAGUGAUCCAAAUCGUUUCCAACAACGAGGAGUUGCAGGUUUAUGCGGCCCAAAACAUCCUCCAGUACUGCAAGCAGGAUCACGGUCACGAGACGCUGAUCAAGAUCGGCGCCUAUAUUCUCGGCGAGUUUGGGCAUCUCAUCGCGGAGGAGAAGGGGUGCAGCCCGAUCGAGCAGUUCCUGGCGCUCCAAAACAAGCUGCCCGCGUGCGGGUCGAGCACCCGGGGCAUGAUUUUGUCGUGCUUCGUCAAAUAUGUUAAUCUCUUCCCGGAGAUCAAGCCACAGCUCAUCAAUGUGUUUAGCGUCUACAGCCACACGCUCGAUCCGGAGCUCCAGCAGAGAGCUUGCGAAUACCUCAGCCUCGCAACCUUGCCGACAGACGACCUUCUCAGGACCGUGUGCGAUGAGAUGCCGCCGUUCCCAGAACGCGAGUCGGCGCUGCUCUCAAGACUCCACCAGAAACACGGCGGCACGAGCGACAAGAGGACAUGGGUCGUUGGUGGGAAGGACGCCAAUGCAGAUGCCGCCGAACUGACUAUGGCUAAGCAGGGAGGUCUCAAGAGGACCUUCACGGUGAACGGCCAGGUCGACGGGCGCACACCCGCGGCUAACGGGCACUCAGCCGCCAACGACCUCGUAGGCCUCGAUAUGAGCAACAUCGGGCCGGCGGAAGCCAAGGCGCUCAAGGUUCCCAAUCUAGCCAGCGCAGCUCACCUCUCGCCUAACUGGGAGCGCGGCUUCAACCGGCUGCUGACCAAGGCGGAUGGCGUGCUCUACGAGGACGGGCAGAUUCAGGUCGGGGUGCGGUCCGAGUACCGUGGGCAGAUGGCGUGCCUGAUCCUGUACUUCACCAACAAGACGCCCGCGCUCAUUUCGUCCUUCACCACGACGCUCGACCUCGACGAGUCGGAGAAGGCCAACCUGACCUGGGACGUCAAGGGCCUGCCCGACACCACCAUCGCGCAGGGCGCCCAGGCCCAGCAGGUCAUCAUGUUCGAGGCCAAGCGCGUCUUCGACAAGAGCCCCACCAUCCGCAUCAGCUACCUCGCCGGCGCCCUGCAGGCCCUCACCCUGAAGCUGCCCGUCACCGUCCACAAGUUCAUGGACCCCGCUGAGCUGUCCGCCGAGGACUUCUUCAAGCGCUGGAAGCAGAUCGGCGGCGCGCCCCGCGAGGCCCAGCAUAUCUUUGGGCUGGCCGCUACCGGGGGUGGGUCUAGGGCCGGAGAAAGGGAGAUCACCGAGGGCUUUGUCCGCACUGUCGUCGAGGGCUUCCGCUGGGGCGUGCUCAACGGUGUCGAUCCCAACGGGAAGAACCUUGUGGGUGCGAGCGUUGUCCACACCUCCGAGGGCGGCAAGUACGGUUGUCUGCUGCGGCUGGAGCCGAAUUAUCAGACCCAGAUGGUACGGUUGACGAUCAGGGCGACCGAGGACGCCUUGCCACCGCUGCUACUCAAGAUGAUGCAGGAGCGGCUUUCUAGGGGCGUGUCGACGGCGCCGGAGAGGUUUACGCCGCCGACCGUGAGUGAGAUCUCGGAUGCUUUCAGGGGUAUCAUGGUCACCACGAGCAAUAGGUGA